CUCUUCCUUCUAGUGAUUGACUGGAUUAUGAAGAAUUCGACAUCUGAGGGGAAAUACGGAAUACAAUGGACAGCUCAGAAUCAAUUAGAUGAUUUGGACUUCGCAGAUGACCUAGCCCUCCUCUCUCAUACACACGAACAAAUGCAGAUGAAGACAGCAAAUGUAGCAGCAGCCUCCGCAUCGAUAGGUCUCCACAUUCACAAAGGAAAAAGCAAGAUUCUCAAAUGCAACACGGAGAACACCAACCCAAUCACACUUGACGGCGAAACUCUGGAAGAGGUGGAAACAUUCAAGUACCUGGGGAGCAUCGUUGAUAAACAAGGAGGAUCGGAUGCAGAUGUAAAGGCAAGGAUUGGCAAAGCAAGGGCAGCAUUUCUACAAUUGAAGAACAUAUGGAACUCAAAACAACUCUCAACCAAUUUCAAGUAUUUAUAAACAGUUGUCUA